GCCCACAUUUCUUCCCAUUUGUUGUUGUACCGAAGAACAAAAACAAUCCGCACACACACUGAGGCUGGAUGUAAAAACGAAAAACUGCCACAUCCUCCAAGUAUUCAUUCGUGUCAGUCCCAACCUCAGGUUAAAGAUGGUUUCUCCAGUGACGGUGGUGAAGAGCGAGGGCCCCAAGCUGGUGCCCUUCUUCAAGGCCACCUGUGUGUACUUCGUGCUGUGGCUGCCCACCUCCAGCCCCUCCUGGUUCAGCGCCCUCAUCAAGUGUCUGCCCAUCUUCUGCCUCUGGGUCUUCCUCCUGGCCCACGGGUUCAGCUUCCUGCGGGCGAACUCCAACGCCCGUAAGAUCCUGGCCGGCCUCAUCUUCUCCUCCCUCGGCGACGCGUUCCUCAUCUGGCAGGAGCAGGGCUACUUCAGCCACGGCCUUCUGAUGUUCGCCAUCACCCACAUCCUCUACUCCGCGGCCUUCGGCAUGCGGCCGCUGAACCCGGCGGCGGGCCUUCUGACCGGCGGCGCGUCGGCCGUGUCCUACGCCCUGCUGUACCCCUACCUGUCCGGGCCCUUCACCUACCUGGUGGCCGUCUACGUCGCCCUCAUCGGCUUCAUGGGCUGGCGGGCCAUCGCGGGCGUGCGGCUCACCGACGACCUGUGGACGUGGACCCGGCUGUCGGCGUGCCUGGGCGCGGUGCUCUUCAUGGCGUCCGACCUCACCAUCGCCGUCAACAAGUUCUGCUUCCCCGUGCCGCACUCGCGCGCCAUCAUCAUGGCCACCUACUACGCCGCGCAGAUGCUGAUCGCCCUGUCCGCCGUGGAGUGCCAGGACGCCGCCAACGCCGCCGCAGCCGCACAGGUGGUCCGGGAGAAGAAGAGGAUGUGAAAGGUAUCGUGUAGUUACCGCGGCAACAAGACGGAGAUGGAUAAAGCCCAGCCCGACCCCCCCCUCCCCGACUCAGCCACCUUUUCAGCCCAGCGUCGGGCGUCAGGCUCGGCGCCCUGGCAACAACCCAACCGAAACCCUCGAAGCGUUUUGCCCCUUUGUUUUUUUACCAUGGCAACCGUGUCCAUCACAACAGAGCAGACCUCUUCGCCUAGACAACGGUACUGUCCUCAUGGUCACAAACCUGGUUACCAUGGAGAUACGGUAGCCAUGGUCAUCUGCUUUGUACCUGCAGUACACCAGACAUUUGUAUCUGUGUUGCGUCACAAACACUCAGUGUGUGUGUGUGUGUGUGUGUGUGUGUGUUGGUGUUUGUGUGUAUGUGUGUAUGUGUGUGUGUGUAUAUGAGCACAGAGCACCAGUUUCCCCCUAAUCACCCCCAUUGCGGUUCAGUUAUCUCUUAACGUUACACAGCCAAAUUGUGCAAUCUCACUUUUUGUGCUUCCCCUCCAUGCUCCCACAGUAUUCUCUGUGUCACGCUACACGUCACUCCCUACAUCACCUUAUUAACCAGGUCUCCACACUGGUUGUCUGGCAGUGUUGUCCCUCUUGAGAACUGAACAAGGCUGCUGCUCUAGAGGAACUCCAUCACCACAGCCUGUCUCUGCCAUCGACGAGUCUCUCCGUUCCCCUUGACGACAACCGCAUUGACGCCAUGCUGUUCUCAAGGCCCUGUGUGUAAGGAGGAGGAGGGGGAGGAGGAGGGGGAGGAGGAGAAGGUGGGGGAGGAGGAGGAAGGAAGAGAAAAAGGAAAAACAGAAAACAGGAAGAAUAAGAAAGCAUUGCAGAAGCUGAAACCACAGCAUUCUUCCACACAGAGCUGUCGUAUGUUCAGACUGUCCCCCUUCUCUGUGAGAAAUCGUUUUCCAUUUAUGGACUUUGUGUGCCGAUAUCCCACAAUGCCCAGCGGUGCAGUGUUGUAAAAGGCAGUUUAUUUAUUGCUAUUUGAUCAAUGCCGAAAGAGAAACUCGGCAGACGACUUCUGUUGAUAGGAAAUGGUGAAAGAUGUUCUCUAUUCUCAGCCCAAUCAGGAAGUGGAACGGCCGAAGUGUACAUGCUGAUUGGUCACUUGGUGCUGAGCCACCAAAAAAGGCCGUAAGCGUUGAGGGGUGGAAAUUGCAGAAAUCAUGUGUUCAUGUGCUCAUCGAUUGUGGUCGGGUCUUUAAAGCUACACCUACACACACACACGCACAGAUACACACACCCACUCACACACACACACGCACGCACACACACACACACACACACACACACACACACACACACACACACACACACACACACACACACACACACACACACACACACACACACACAUGCAUACAAUCUUACAAACCUGCAAAGCACCUUGACUUUUGAAAGGUUGCUUUGACAGAAACAUUAUUACACACACCCCCACACACACAAAUGAAAACAAACUUGUUUUUAAUCCUACAAAGCACCUCGUCUUUUAAAAGGUUGCUUGGAUUGAGACUUUAUCACACACGCACACACACACACACACACACACACACACACAUUUCUACAUACACUGUCCUGGGACACCAUGACCUUUACGGGCUGCAACAUGGUGACCAGAGCAGUGUUGUGGAAGCCAGGCAGCAGAAACUGGUUUCAUGUUAACACAGACUUGUACUCUCCCCCACUCUUCUCCGGAGAGACACCGUCUGCACUGGAGCUGUGAUGACCUUGUGUUCUGUCUGUUGCACGUGUUUGGGUUUCAGAGCAUUUCUUUGAGGAAGUGAAACAAGUGGGACAUCAUGAUCAGCAGUCCAUCCUAGCAACACGGUUGCUGUGAACGAUCGCUGAACCAACUCUGUACAAUCCUGUAUCUAUAACUCUGCCCUGCUGAACAAUCUCAUGGUACAUCUCAUGUACAGUACACAUUUUGGUAAAAAAACCAUUGUUUAUUUACUUAUUAAUACUCACCUAUACCAUACCUAUCAAAGGGACUUAUGCUAAUAUUCAGUGGCACAAUGUACUUAUGAAUACGUAUUACUUAUUAUUAUCGAUAGCACUGUUGAUAACUGAUGCUGUGGUGUCUUUGGCCCCGAGGGGAGGAAUACUUUAACAGUCUGAGUUGUGUUUGUAAUUCUAGGUCAUUGACCUGAGGUGCUGUCUGCAGUGCUCUCACACACGGCGUGUUCAAACAGGAACUUCAUUCUGCCGGUGAAGCAGAAACUGCGGCAUUUUGCAGUGUGGCGGGUCAACCUCUUCGGUCCGUAAGGAAGUCUCGUUGCCAAAGGGUCCGUUUUAUCAAAGUGACUCCUUUUCGUGUCUUGUUUAUCAUCUGCUUGUAUAUAUCAGCAGAAACUUCAGGCUCAGUCGGUCCAGACUUAUGUUGCUGUGUUCUGUGUUCUGUGUUCUGCCUGCAGACAGACAGACAGUGUCUGGUGUGAAGGCAAGCCAGCUUUGUCUGGGUGUAAUCAGCCGCUGCUGAGGAAUCUCCUCGGAACAGACGCUUACAUCUGUCAGGAGAAAGAGAAACAACAGUAUGUCGCUGUCGGUACAGCAAGGAUGUUCAUAGGACCAAGUGCCAAGCACUUAUAAUCAUUAGGUUAACCCAUUCCCCGUAUACGAUAGAAAGGACAAGAUGCUACCCAAUGCUAAGUAUUAUUUUUAAAGCCAAGGACGUACACCAUACAAUAAGUGCGUACAUUAAGUGCCAGGACGCACAACAUACAAUAAGUGCAUAUAUGUGUGCUAUGAUGUAUUUAGAGGGAGGAAACGGAUGCAACGAUCGAUUAACGGAACUGCAAUCGUACUCAUCCUUGGGGCGUGGGUUGUUUAUGUAAGCACCGCAUUCCUGGUCCCAAAUAUUACAUAAAAAACACUUUGCUCCUUCGCUGGUAUCCUGCUGCAGGAGGACAGGAGCCCUAUAAGGACUCUUUCCUGAAGCCCCGUCCAGAUCUGUGAUGAUGUCACUGGACUUCCGGACAGCGUUCCAUCUUUGGUCCGACGUGGGGCCGUUUCGUCUCCGUCGGUUCUUCCGACGGUUCGGUCAAGAAUGAUCAAUUGAUUUAGACCAAUGAUGUGCAUUUAAAGCUAGCACUAGAUCGGCUCGAUCUAGUCUAGGAGUCCUCUCUGUAUGAGUUAUAUAUAGAUUUGAUAUUCUAUAUCGACACAAACAUUGCCCUGGGAGCCUCUCUCUCUCUCUCUCUCUCUCUCUCUCUCUCUCUCUCUCUCUCUCUCUCUAUCUCUCUCUCCAGAGCAAGCAGCCCAGGUUGUGAUGUGUGUGUGUGUGUGUGUGUUGGGGGGGGAGGGGGGAUGGAAAAAAGGGCCUGUGGUUUCAUUUAAUCCACGGCACAGUUUUGUCUUUUUUUCUGGUUUGGUUUUUCCUGAACCUUUCCAGACAUUCUGUUUAUAUCCCCUUGCUGUGUGCUUAUUAACUCGAGGUUGACCUCUGCUUGCUUGUUUCCAGGGGGCUAAAAUUAGGACGGGCCGGACUUUCUUUAUUUUUUACUGCGUUUUAGAUCUGAAAAGCCAAUCCCCUGAUGUCAACCCACAUGGACAUUGACUUCACAGGGCGUGGCUGGUUCAGUCUCGCUCACCAGGUGUUCUAGGUCCUUACAGUCCGUUACCUGUUAACUACGGCACUUUUUUCAGUAGACUUAAGCCAGUCAGUACAUGCUCUUUUUACAAUUUUAAAACACACACUCUUGUAUGCAUUUAUAACGAACCACCUUUUUCAUUUUCAUAUAUAUCGUGAGGAGAGGAGAGCUGUCUGUAGGCAUGCUCUCGCAUUGUGCUGUGUGUCUUCACCGUUGAAGGCUGAGAGAAAUGCUGGGGAAUGUAUUGACAAGUUUUUUUAGCUUCACGUUGAUGGAAUCCUUUCAUUUCUGAAGUCUUGCAUAGAAUGUAUGCGGACAAUGCUAUCUGUAGAUCUUUAGAUUAGAGUCUCUUUCCUCAGGCGUGCUCCUGAAAUGCAUUGAUUUCCUGUCACGAUGGGCGCCAAAAAACUCUUAAAAGCUCUUCUGAACAAAUGAAUAAAUGCUGGAUUUCGAUUGAAUCUUGUUAUCAUCUUGCCUUGUCCUUAACUUUUCAAUUUAGUGCUCUGGUUUUCACCCAUGAAUGUAGAGGUCAGACUCUUUCCCUUAGUGAACUUACUACGAAUGUGAAUCAAUGGAAAAUAAAUGCAAAUGCAAUGCAACUUC